GCGCAGCCCGCGUGCAGGGCGCUUCCGGCCCCGCGCGGCGCUUCCGGGUCGGCGGCGCCAGGGGCAGCGGCGGCGGUGGCGGCGCCGGUGCUGUUAGGCCAUGGAGGCUCUAAUGGAGCUGGAGAUGCAAUGAAGCUGAGUGGAUGAGGCACGAAAUUAAAUCCCGACGCCUGGAAGCUUUACGCGGAGCACCAGCGCGCUAGCUGCGUCGGAGGUAGCGGCUUUGCCAAGUCCCUGGCUACUUCGGGGCUGUAGAGCAGUAAAAUGUUUGCGAAACUGAAGAAGAAGAUCGCGGAAGAGGCAGCGGUUGCGCCUCGCCCGGGAGGAGCUGCCAGGAUACCGCGGUCUGUCAGCAAGGAGUCGAUUACGUCCGUGGGAGCAGACUCGGGAGAUGACUUUGCUUCUGAUGGAAGCAGCUCUAGAGAGGAUCUUUCAUCCCAGUUGUUGAGAAGAAAUGAACAGAUAAGAAAACUGGAGGUCAAGCUGUCCGAUUAUGCCGAUCAGAUCCGAAAUUUGCAGAAGAUAAAAGAGAAGCUUGAAAAUGCAUUAGAAAAGCAUCAGGAUUCCUCCAUGAGGAAGUUUCAGGAGCAGAAUGAAGCUCACCAGGCCAACCGAGCCAAGAUGGCUGAAGGAAUGGCUUUGGCCUUAGAAAAAAAGGACCAGGAGUGGAUGGAAAAAUUGGGUCAAGUUGAAAAGGAGAAAAGAAUGCUUGAAACACAGUUACAAGAAAUGAGGGAGCAGAGUUUAAACCUUUUUCAAAAGAGAGAUGAAAUUGAUGAACUGGAGGGCUUUCAACAGCAGGAGAUGGCCAAAGUUAAACACAUGCUUUUGAAAAAGGAAGAAUCUCUGAGCAAAGCAGAACAGGAACUAGAGGCACGCACUCGAGAACUAACUCACACCAAAGAGGUGCUUCAGGAUACAAGCAGCGUGUCAUCAGGCCUAAGAAAAGAUCUUCAAGAGUUGCGGCAACAGUUCUUGGAGCUAGAAGCACAGAGAGAUGAACUGAUGACAGCUGAGACGAAUGCAGAAAAUAAGAUCACUGCUCUGGAGUUAAGAGAACAGGAGCUACAAACUGUCAUUCAGCAGCUCUCUGUAGACUUGCAAAAUGCUCGAGUUGCUAGUUCUGGUUGUGAGAGGAGACUGGAAAUGUUACAGGUGGAGCAUGAAUCUCUGAAGGUGGAAUAUGAACAACACAAGCAAAAGAUGACUCUUGAAUAUGAUGAGAGAAAUAAACUUAUUGAACAGCUACAGGAAAAAGUGUCUGCCUUGGAAAAGAAGCUAGAAAGAAAUCUUUCAGGGGAUGAACACGUGCAGGAACUUCUCAAGGAGAAAACUACUCUUGAGCAGAAACUGGAUGAAACCAGGCAGCAGUUACUAACAGACAGAGCUCAUCAUGCUGAGACUGCAAACGUAUUGGAAACACAGAAUAAAGAACUGGAACAAAAACUACAGAUUGCAACAGAAGCAUUAAAGAAGAGUAAGGAAGAAGCUGGUGAGCAGGAUCUACAGAUCCAGAUGCUGCAAACUGAUCUAGAGAAUGAAAGAAGUAAACUGCAGCAACAGAUUUUAAGUGUGAAACAUGAAUACGAAGAGAAAGUUGCUGGGCUGGAGUCUCAAAUAACUGCUCUUAAAACAGCUUGGGAAUUUGAUAAAACAGCUACUCAACGCAAGCUAAGCCAGUUGGAAAAGGAAAAUGAAGAUCUGAGUAAAAGCAGAGAAGAGUAUGAGAGUUCUUUAAAAAACCAAGAGUCUGAACUGGACAGGCUAAAGAAGGAAUUAAGCAGCAGAGAAACUGUCAGCACUGAAAUUGCCAAAGCAUUGGAAGAAACACGAAAACAAAAAGAGGAAUUACAACAGCAGGUUUCACAUCUGGCUUCCUUAAUAGAGGAGAAGGACCAGCUGAUUAAUGAAAAAUCUGACACGCUUCUAAAAAAGAAGGAAGAACUAAACCAACUCAGUCAAGACCAUGAAGCUGUCUUGCUGCAAAUGCACCAGUUGCAAUCUGAUAUAGAAGCAAGUAAUAGCCGAGCAGUGGAGAAAGAAGAAACAGCAAGAAAGGAAAUCGAUGAACUGAAAUUGCAGAUACAGGAGUGCCUGCUGGCCAGAGAACAUGAGAGAAACGCUUCAGAACUAGAGGAAUCAGCAAGAGCCUUGAAUAAUAAACAUUUACAUCCUCCAGAGAACCGUGUGAUGGAACAGAAUGGAGAGGUGGCGGCUGCAGACAUCAUUCAACUUCAAAAAGAGAACAGAGAGCUGGAACAGCAAAUCGCUGAGAAAAACAAGGUAAUAAAGCAGCUACAGCAGAGAAUGACAGAACUCAAAAAAACGCUCCAGAAAGAGUUGAAAAUAAGGCCUGACAGUGAGGGACCUGAAGUACGUGAAAAAACAAAUUCUGAAGUGCCUAAUGCUUCUGUGACUGUCACGAACAACUCUGAUUUAAAUGACUCAAGGGAGAUAAACUUUGAAUACCUUAAACAUGUUGUACUAAAAUUCAUGUCCUGCCGGGAAUCUGAGGCAUUCCAUCUAAUUAAAGCUGUAUCUGUGUUACUGAAUUUUUCACAAGAGGAAGAAAAUAUGCUUAAAGAAACCUUGGAAUACAAGAUGUCGUGGUUUGGGUCAAAGCCAUCUCCUAAAGGCAGUAUCCGGCCAUCUAUCUCGAGCCCAAGGACACCGUGGUCUUAAGGGAACCUGAAAACUGGCAGUCAGCAUCUAGCCACUUAUUUUCUGUGAAAAGAACACUCAACACACUAAUUCAGGUGUGUCUUAAUCACUGUCAUUGCAGUAUUUUGUACAAGAACUUUGAUACUGUUUACAAAAGUAAUACUGUGCAAGGAGAAUUUUCACCAGAGACUGAAACACCUCUCUUGGGUUGGAUCCAGGGACUGUUGUCUCGAUGGUCUCUUAAUGGAAGUCAGCUCCUUGUGUUCAUCGGUCUUGUUUCUUGGCACCAAAGGGUAAUGUUAACCUCACUAACACUGGUGCUGGCACUUCAAGCUUCUAACAUUUGCAUCUGUUAUGAUGGUGAUUCCAGCUUCUGUUACGAAAUGCCAGAGUUGAAUAACUCUAGGUACAGUAAAGCUUCCUUGUCUCGCUGUGGAAAGCAAGCAAUUAAAACAAACGUUGGCAGUACUGUAUUGAAUUCCUGACAGUUUGAAAAGUCUUUCAAAGAACAGGAGCAGGAGCUUUAACCAAAAAAAGAAAAAAAAAAAUCUGCCUUGCCUUGUUAUACUGACAUAACUAAUAGUUUGCAUUUUUUCAUAUCACUGUGUAAUUUAAGGUGCAUAUAUCCUGGCCUGCAGUCCUGAAGGCUGCAUGUUGAUGAUGAUUAUUUAAUUUGAGAGCACAACUUUAGAGUUGUCUGAUUUUACUUUUCUUAAAGAAAAAUAAUAUUUAAAAUGGUCUUAAUUAUAGUACCUAAUACUCAGUCGCCUUUAAAACUAAUCUACUAGUCUGUACCAUAGGUUGUUAACAUGGGGAAGAGGGGAUAGUAAACCAUUUUAAAUUUUUAAAGCUGAAUUCCAGGUAUUGUAAAUGCACACUGAAAAUACCUUUUAUUUAAAAUAAAAAACUGUAGUGACAAAGGGUGAAGAAUAUUGGUACUAAACACUUCCCCCCCUCCCCCCUCCACCCCCUGUGCAAGUUUGCUAGCAACAGAUUUUUCAUAACCAGUAUCUGCCUCUUUGGUUGUGGUUUUAUGUACUUCAGGUACUGAUGCUUAAAAGAGCUGUUACAGACGUAGUGGGCUAUUAACCGUGUCCUAACUACAUGGUAAAAGGAACACUGCUUAUGAGUUUUUGGUUUUUUUGAGAGCAAAAUUGAAAUAUUAUUCAAUGAAUCUUAGCUCCAGCAGCCUGCUUUUUUUCCACCUUAGGAAAAGGGGACCAAGCUGGGACUUGCCUCAAGGACUGAGAGUGGAAUUUUGCCCUUAUUCACUAACCAGAAAAAAAGAUGAAAAUGGGAAGCGGCAAUCAAGCUGACUUCUUAAAAAUGGGAUAUAUUUUCAAAAAAUUAUAUAUGUAUGGCAUUCAGUGAGCAGGCUCCAAUGCUGGUAAUUCUCUUACAAUAUUUUUAUUAAAUGUCUUCAAGAAAAUUCAUCCUGUACUCUGGUGGAGAUGUAGUCACUGUUCAGGGUUUUAACUUAGCUUUGCUGUCAGAGGUCUGAAUGACCUUGGUGGUGGCAGGAAGAUACAGUGUUAGUCGCAGCACGUGAGCUGCUCCCUGCCCCUGCAUGCACUCAUGCUGUGGUAAAGACGAAAGUAUCCUUACACAUGAGGUCAGUUACCAGAGCAGUAAAUGUGCUGCAAAUCCAUAUCCUAGCUGGCCACACCAAAUUUUAUUAAGUAGCCAGGCAUAGAUACUCAAAGUAGCUAUUAUUAUGACAAAAGUGACACUCCUCAGUUUGUAGCUAGGCUAUAUUUAUUUAAAGUGAGGAAAAACAAAAGGAUUUUUCAGUAUACUGAAGCUUGUCAAACAAAGUCUUUAGUAACUUGAUUCAUAGCACUUAACUGCGUAGCAUAGGAAAGUUACAGGAAGAGUACAGCUCUGCUUUAACGUGAAAAUAGACAAUCAAAAAGUAGAUUUGUAUCAAGUGCUCCUAUAUGGAAACCAGGUGGGGCAGGAUAACCCUGUGGGUUCUGGGAAGGGCCCGGAUUUUGUUCCCUAAGGCCUUUUUCUUUGGAACGACCCCUUGGCUCUGCCCUACAGCUGAGGGACCCAAGACCAAGGGACGGGACUUCAUCUACUCUUGCUGACGCUGCUGAAUGACUAAUCGGUUUAAGUUGAUCCUGGCUUGAAAGGUUACUGCUGAACAGUAAGGAAAGCAGUACAGCAGACCUAGAAGAAACAGUAAUACAUGAAUCUCAGAAUAUUUAUUUACUAACACAAUUUCAAUUCAAGAUCCUAAAGUUCUUACAGGAUCAACUUACCAUAAAUUAGUUAACUGUUGAAUUUUCUUUAUAUAUCAGAGCAAGAAUGGUGUGUAUACAUAUAUUAAAAAGCUAAUGCACUUUUUCCUUGUAUAAAAACAAUGGUAUACAUAAUCCUUUCUAUGGCCAUUGGAUUUCUUUCCUUCUAUGCUGUAAAUACGGAUUGUAUUAUGAAACACUAUGAAAUUUGUGGUGCAAUACAUUUUUGAUUAAAACGCUAAUCUUGA